CUGGAGCUACAUAGCAGAGCUCAUAACAGCACCGUAUCCGUGGGACAUUCCUCUCAGAAAACAAGCCUAUUUACAAAUGCACCGCUGCAUGUUAGAGCUUAGCGCUUUCAGACAAGCAGCCUCGGAGACACUUUAACACACAACACAUCGUCUGCAACUGCCAAGAAGAAAGCCUUGUUGACAAUUGCUCUCAGAUCACGAAAUCAUUAGCACAUAAUUGUGACAGGAGCUCGAAUGCGUAAUUCAUUGGGACUUUCAUCGAUCGCGUCGCGGUAGUGAUUUACAUCUAUCCAUACUAGGAGAUGAAAUUUAAUAGUGAGUCGUUUUGACUAAGCUAUUGAUUUUUCUGAGGACGGACAUCUACGGACAGUAGUUAUGGUUAGAGCUCGCGACUCAAGGAUAAACUUUUCAAAGUUGCUGGGCGUCUUAUGAGGAUGCUCUACAAGGCGGGUUCAAACGCAGGCACAUAUACUUUCCUAAUUUGUAUGGAGCUUUUGGAAAAUCCAUAUGAAACAAAAUAUUACACAACUUACUAACUUCAGCACCACGUAGAAGUAAAUAAAUGUAGCAUUGUUAUAACCAAAUAAUAAUGUUAUCAUUACUUUAAAUCAAUGAAAACUUAAAUUUUAGGCAUGCAAACAACUUCCCACAGAUACUUUUCUUGUAAUGCAAACCAGUGGGACAUAAAAGCAUAACAUUCGGUUAGAGUAAUGCUAGUUUGUUUAAUGUCGCUUUGCUUAGGCUACAUUUGACAUGUGUGAUUAGUAUUGUCUACAUUGAAGCGCCUUGGAUAUUUACAACCAUUUAUUUGGCACUUCUAGGUGCAUUUUCUUUUUUGCGCUACGUGUUGCAGUAUGUAAGGCUGAGGAAGAAUUACUUCAGUUUAGCGUCAACUUUUAUGCUCAUACAGUUAACGUGUACACAGGACGUCGCAUUUGGCUUAGCUUAACACCACCGGCAUCUAUGCCAUUGCAAGCCCAUUGAAUCCUGCAGUUAUCUCUUCGCUGAUACUGAAAUCAAGACGUAGAAUGGCCGAUGUAACCAUCACUAAUGGGAUUGAGCUGUGACUUGUUCGGCUGGAGGGAAGGCUGUGUUCACAAAUAUCCACAUAGACUCAGUUCGUGUUGUACUCCUUUGAGCGGGGAUGAUCAGGAUCUUCCCGGAUUUCAGCGUUCAGGUGACGGCUGCAGCAGGUGGAGGAGCCGGGGGAAUGCCAGCUGGUUCCGCCGUGGGCAGAGUCCCCGGCGCCACCAACGGGAACCCACAGAACGUCCAAGGGAUAACUUCCUACCAGCAAAGCGAUCCCUAUUGGGAGAGACCUGCUAAUACCAGCUCCUGUUCAGCCUCUAGGCCCAAGACACUACACCUGGGAGGGCAACAGCACACUUCAUCACCAUGGUUGCAGGCGUUGAGGAAGGAGAAGUCCCGCGAUGCAGCGCGCUCGCGGCGCGGGAAGGAGAACUUUGAGUUCUACGAGUUGGCCAAGAUGCUGCCGUUGCCGGGCGCCAUCACCAGCCAGCUGGACAAGGCCUCCAUCAUCCGCCUGACCAUCAGCUACCUGAAGAUGAGGGACUUUGCCAACCAGGGGGACCCACCGUGGAACCUGCGCAUCGAAGGCCCGCCGCCCAACACCUCAGUCAAAGCUAUUGGAGCUCAGAGGAGGAGGAGUUCCACUGCCGUUGCCUCAGAGAUCUUUGACCCGCACCUCGGAAGCCACAUUCUGCAGUCCCUGGAUGGAUUUGUAUUUGCACUAAACAAAGAGGGGAGAUUUUUGUACAUCUCAGAGACGGUGUCCAUAUACCUGGGCCUCUCACAGGUGGAGCUGACGGGCAGCAGUGUGUUUGACUACGUCCACCCAGGUGACCACGUGGAGAUGGCAGAGCAGCUGGGCAUGAAGCUGCCCCCGGGCCGAGGCCUGCUCUCUCAGGGCAGCGCCGAGGACGGCGCCAGCUCCGCAUCCUCCUCCUCCCACUCCGAGACGCCAGAGCCAGUAGAGUCUACCAGUCCGAGUCUGUUGGCCCCUGAUAACACCCUAGAACGUUCUUUCUUCAUCCGAAUGAAGUCCACCCUGACCAAGAGAGGCGUCCACAUCAAGUCAUCGGGCUAUAAGGUCAUUCACGUCACAGGCAGACUGAGGAUAAGAAUGGCACUGACCCACAGUCGAUCGGUGCCCAAUCAGAUCAUGGGCAUGGUGGUGGUUGCACAUGCCUUGCCCCCUCCCACCAUCAAUGAAGUGCGCAUAGACUGCCAGAUGUUUGUGACGCGGGUCAAUAUGGACCUCAACAUCAUAUACUGUGAAAACAGAAUUAGCGACUACAUGGACCUGACGCCAGUGGACAUCGUGGGGAAGAGAUGCUACCACUUCAUCCACGCCGAGGACGUGGAGGGCAUUCGGCAGUGCCAUCUGGACUUGAUUAACAAAGGCCAGUGUGUGACGAAGUACUAUCGCUGGAUCCAGAAGAACGGCGGCUACAUCUGGAUCCAGUCCAGCGCCACCAUCUCCAUCAACGCCAAGAACGCCAACGAGAAGAACAUCAUCUGGGUCAACUAUGUGCUCAGCAAUCCGGAGUACAAAGACGUGCCCAUGGAUAUCGCACAGCUCCCAAACCUCCCGGAGAAAGCAUCCGAGUCUUCCGAGACCUCCGACUCCGAAUCCGACUUCAAGGAUAACUCUGAGGACAACGAGAACUCCAAGUCGGACGGCAAGGGCAACCAGUCGUCGGAGAACUCCGAGGACCCCGAGCCGGAGAGCAAGAAGCAACCGCGGCAGCCGUCGCAGGAGAUGCGGCGCCAGGAGGAGGGCGACAGCUCCAGCAACCCGGAGAGCCAGGACAGCGAGGACAGCCUGGAGCCGUCCGACUGCGAGGCCGACAGCAAGGAAGGCCGCCUGGGCCGUCUGGGCGGUCUCCACAUCAAGGUGGAGCACUACGGCGACCCCGAGGCUUUGGAGCUGCACGACUCCAACUCCUCGUCGUCUGAGGAGGAGGAGGACGAGGAAGACGACGAUGACGACGAGGAGGAGGAGGACGACGACGACGAGGAUCCCCACACGGGACUGAGCCCAAAGGAUUGUGGGAUGGGCGUGACGGAGCUGGCCGGCUCGGCCGCCAGCAAGCACCAGAAGCGCAAGAAGCGGCGGAAAAAGCAGAAGUGGAACGGCGGCGGCCGGAGGCAGCGGCCGAGGCUGACGUCCGACGAGCCGGCGAGCCCAGGGGUCGUGGAGUCCGGCGCGCUGGGCGAGCGGCCGCCUCUGCUGCCCCCGCCGUCGCCCACCAGCGCCUCGGUGCUCAAGAUCAAGACGGAGAUGUCGGAGCCCAUCAACUUCGACAACGACAGCAGCAUCUGGAACUACCCGCCCAACCGGGAGAUCUCGCGCAACGAGUCGCCCUACAGCAUGACCAAGCCUCCCGCCCCUGGCGCCAGCGCCACCGAGCCCUUCCCCUCCCCGCAGGGCUCCACGGGGCUCCAGGUGACCAUCCCCGACUCGGUACUGACCCCGCCGGGGACGGACGGCAGCGGUGGCGCUCGGAAACAGGGCUUCGGUGGCAGCGGCGCCAACGGCGGCACCCCCAACUCCACCUCCAGCGUCGGCUCCAACUUGGCACCGCCGUCCAGCUCCUCUUCCUCUGACCCCCUCUCCCCACCGCUGUCGGCGUCUCCGCGGGACAAGCAGCAGGGCGGCACUCCCACCACCUCCUCCUCAUCCUCCUCUGGCGCCGGCAACGGCUCCCUGCUCUACAGCGGCGACCUCGAGGCCCUACAGCGACUGCAGGCGGGCAACAUGGUCCUGCCGCUGGUGCACCGCGUCACGGGCACCCUGGCCGCCGCCACUAGCACCGCGGCCGUGUCCGGCGCGCCGCGCGUCUACACCACCGGCACCAUCCGCUACGCGCCCGCCGACGUCACGCUGGCCAUGCAGGGCGCCAACCUGCUGGCUGCGGCCACGCCCAACGCGGCGCACACCAUGAACUUCGUGGACGUCAACGGCCCCGGCUUCGCCAUCGACCCCAAGACGCCCAUGGAGAUGCUGUACCACCACGUGCACCGGCUCAACAUGUCGGGCCCGUUUGGCGGCGCCGUCACUGGCGCCAGCCUCUCGCAGAUGCCCGCCGCCAACGUCUUCACCACGGCCGAGGGCCUGUUCUCCACACUCCCCUUCCCCGUCUACAGCAACGGCAUCCAUGCCACGCAGACUCUCGACCGCAAGGAGGACUGAAGCCCGCCCUUCCGAGACCACCUUACUGUGUUAACGUUACUAUUGACUGUGUUACCAGACUCUUUUUCCAGAGAGAGAAAAAACGAAUACAAAAUAAAAACACGAACAAAAAAUAAAAGACGCAAAACUGUGUUUUGAAGCGGGAGACUGUGAGAACUGUAAAAGAACAUUUGAAAUAAUUUUAGCACUUUGAAUUUCGAGCAAUUGCGCUUGUGGAAUUGAAAUGUAUGGUCCCACUCCACCCUCUCCCUCCUCUCCUCUCUCCUACUCACUUCACAUCUUUUUCUAUCUUUCUAUCUCCCAUCUUUUCUCUCUUUCUAGACCUUCUCUUUCUAUCUCUUUCUUACCUCCCUGAUCUCUAGGUGUCAGUGACAUUUCCUCUGAAUGGACUAAACUGACCCUUCCUUUCUGACUUCAGAGAACUCUCUGUAGGACUUCUCUGUAGGCAGAAUGAGGUGUACUUUUUAUUUGAGUCGAUUUUGUUGCAUCUUUAUUCAGAUGCCUUGUAUAUUUAAAGGUGACUGAAGUGGAUCAGCAGAAAAAAAAGAACACGAAACUGUGAUUGUUUCAGAACCAUAUCUUGAUGUGAUCAAGGUUGAUGAUGACAAAAAGGAUGUUGCCCUAUUUGACCUAGUUGAAGGGGUUUAUGAUUCUUUCUAAGUGAGGGAAUUAGUAUUUUAGAAAUUAAUGUUUUCUUUUCCUUUUUUAUAGUUCUGAUUUAACUUGCAAAUCAUACAUUUACUAAAAAAAAAGCAAUUACAGCCGGGUAUUGACCUGUGAAUAGAAUGUUACUGCAACAACAACUACAAUUACAACAAAAAAAUCCCAGGACUUUGGAACAGGUCAAUACAUGAUAUCGUAUCUCUUAGUUCCAUUUCCUCCUUUGCAGAUCCAUGGUGCUACCAUCCAAUGACCCUUCACUCAUCUGACCGGUGUAGGCACUGUUCCAGGGCUAGAGAUGUAAGGAGUUUUAGGGAAUGAUUUAAUAGUACAGUCUAAACCUCUUGACCCCGAUAUUUUUGUUUUCGAUCCCUGCUACCUAUCCCAACAUUAAUCUCAUACCCAUUUCAAGUUGAUUGUCAGCUGAGCUCAAUGUUAUCAGGCAUUAGAAAGUCAAAAGGAGCAGGUUAGGGUUUUUUUUUUGUUUAACGUUUGAAGUGAAUCACUUUCUCUCUCAGUCUAACUGAGGCUAAUGAGAAUCAUAGACUUGAAAACGAAAAAUGAAUGUUAAAUAUAAAUAAGGCUUUUCUCCCCCUUCUAUAAUUAAGAUUCAAGUAUUUUUUGCCUUUUAUCAAACUCUCCCUUCAUUAUCUAAAUCUUAGCAUCUCUGCCAACGUCCCAACCAAGCCGUUUACUUCCACUGUACCCUCAGACUCUCUGAAAUCACAUAUCAAGGAUGUUGAUACAAGGACAUGCAUUUCAGUCAGAAAUGUAAAAAAAAAAUCUUUGAUUUUGUUUUUGAAAAAAAUAUAUCACAUUCCUAUUUUUUUCCCACCGUUGCCAAAAAAUAUAUGAUUUUUUUCACAGAUUGGUGUUAAAACACUGUGAUUUUUUGUCGUUUAAGAGAAAAAAAAAGAAAUGAUAGUAAUAAAAUUUAAAAUACUGUCACUUCAUCCUUUGGCAGCCAUCCAUCCAGUCAUCUAUUACCAAGCGUGAAAUCCGUAAACGUGUACAAUGUGUAAGUGUCACUGGCUGUCAGUUUCCAUAGCGAUUUCAGUGUGUGUUACUAUAUGCAGUAUAUACCGAGCUGAUGUAGCUGUUUCGUCCUUUGUCUUCUCUGUGCUUUCUCUAGUCUGGGGCUGGCCACGGGGGUCAGGCGGGACCGCACCGGUCCCCCUGCCUUCUCCAUUCCCCUCUGCAGUCUUAGUGAACCAGUUGAGGUUAGUGGAUUUUGUGUGGUGGCCUUCCCAAAUGUAGUGUCACCUUUUUUGCUGCUUUUUCUUUCCUCUGUACUCCCUUUCUUCUGUUCCUGCUAUUGCUUUGCUGUCGUGUAGUCUUACAGACCUCUCUUUCUCUCAGAGAAAAAAAGACUCUUAACUAGCUCAAAGGUUUAUGGAGCCAUUUUUUGCCACUGAGGAAUUCUGGGAUUGCAGUUUCCAGCUUGCAUUUAUUCUGAAAAAUUAUGACAAAAAAGUAGCAUUUAGAUUUAACGACUAGACUGGAACCAUACAAGCCUCAGUUGCGAACACAUUCCCAGAGUCCCUUGUGCUUCUUGUAUGCAUUGGGUGUAUUUCAUUGGUUUCCACCAAACCUGUUGACUUCAAGGACCCUGCAACUCACAGGAAUUAAUAAAAAAAAAGUUCAUGGUAGUAUUUCAGGACAAUAAACAAUUUUAAAGAUUUCUAAAGAGAUGAAAAAAAAUAUUUCGCACUAUAAAUCUAUUUUUAUAGGUGUUUUGAAAUUGCAUGUUUACUAAGUUGACUGUUUGGUUUACUUGAUUUUGUUCGGUCCAGCAGCUUUGUCAAAGUUAAGUGUUUUUUAGUCUGUCCAGCAAAGGGAGGGGAUCCUUCGUCUUUUUAACCGAAUCAGGCUUUGCUCAUCAGGAAUAAAAAAUUGUCUGUGGUUUGUUUCUGUAAAGGUGUUGCUGUUAACUCAAACCCAGGUCGUGAAAUAAAUGUUUUUUGACAAAAAAACGUUAAAAAAAUGUCAGGGUGGAUUGUUACUUUACAGAACGGUUGCAGGAGGGCUUUGGUGUCACCAGACAAGAACGAAAAAAGGGAUCCUAUAGCGUUCUAGAAUUUUCUACGUGGCAAAGCAAUGAGGGGUGUUGGGAGAUGAGAGAGGGGGGCAGCUCCGAAAACAGACAUAGUGGGCCAGGAAAUACACCCAUAUGUUACAAACAGAGCAGCCGGACGAGCUGCUUCAAUGUUUUUCUGUGUUGUGUCAAAAAUGAUUGCUGGUGAUUUAAUCUUAAACUAAUCUCAGCUGCUGUCAGAUAAAUAGUGUUUAAAAAUGACAAUAUGAAAAAUCACUUCAUUACCUGUGACGAAAUGUGUCUGUGUUUUUAACUAUUUCUUGUACAAUUAUACAGAUUCUUUUAUGAGGAACUUGGUGCCAAGUAGGAAAAAAAACUAUGGGAGAAAAGGGGUUUCUCUUAGUCUCAAUGUUAACAGUGUUAUAAAUUCUAAAAAGCGAACAAAUUAAAAUAUUAAAAAAGAGAAAAAAAAACUAUGGUACAUUUUUAUUUUAUUUUUUAUUUUUUUGUUUUCAGAGGAAAACAUGAACUAACUGAAGCUAACUUUGAGUGCCUGGCUUAUUUUUUGAAAAACAUCUUUUUUUGUUUUGUUUUUUCGUUUGUUUUUCAUUGACCAUAAAUAAUGCUGCAACUCAGAAUUGUACAUACUUCAUUUUACAACAGGGUUAUUUUAUACUUUUGUAGGUUUUCAUUCAGUUUCAAAAGAAACAUGUCAUACAUGGUUGUCUUUCUGUAACACGGUUUUUUACCAUCUUACAGGUGCCAUAUUCAUAAUAAACUUCUCUUGGAUUUGUCAAA